AUGCGCGUCACCCGGUGGGUUCUGUUGGCGGUCCUGGUGGCGUGGAGGAAACUCGUUUCACUGUCCAGCUGUUACACCGUUCACCUUAGUGAGGAUGCGGAGCCCGGGACGGUCAUAGCGAGUGUGGACGGGAGGGGAGUGUUGUGUACUUUGGAUCAGGUCGUCGCUCCUAAAUUCGCGGACAGCUUCGUUGAGAGCGAUGCAGCGGCAGGUAUUGUGUUUCUCUCGGAUAUAAUACGUUGUGCCUCACUCCGAUCGAACCCCUUCACCCUGUACACUGUUGUUGACUGCGCGGACAAUGGGGCUGGUCCCAGGCAUCUCCUGACCAGCCAGUAUGAUGUGCAUGUACAUGGCAGGAACUGCUCAAACAAACGUAAAAGAAAGUCACAGUGGGAUAUGGACAUCUUAAGUUUGCUCAACUACCACCGCCUUCGUGUGGAUUGUCAUGAAGCGGACUCUGUGUUAUUCCCAGUAUGGGAACUGCUCCCCGUCUCCCCGAACCGCAGCAGUGCCCGCUGCAAAGUGACCACCAACCCUGGCUUUUACUUUUCAGAAGGGAAACUGGUUUUGACUGAGACGCUGUGCUGGAGUCACGACACGCUCUUCGAGCUCGACUUGCAUUGUAGUCAGUUCACAGAAAAUGGUCCAGAGUCUAAAGUUAAUCACAUAUCCAUUCACUGGCGUGUAGGCCAGGGCCCAUUUAAACAGGGCCACCUUGGGAGGUUGCUAGAAAAGGCAGCCCAUUCUGAUUCUGGCAUUGUGAGUCGCAGGAAGAGAAGCAUUAACAGUAGUCCCCAGUUCAAGCCUCCCAUGUACCAAGUGUCUGUGCCAGAGAAUAAGCCAGCUGGAACCCCUGUUGUUGUUUUGAAGGCAGUGGAUGUGGAUGAGGGGGAAGCUGGCAGAUUAGAGUACUUUAUAGAAGCGCUAUUUGACAGCCGCUCCAACAACCUUUUUGCUGUGGACCCAGUCAGUGGCUCUGUUUCCACUGUGGAGGUGCUUGACCGGGAGACAAAGGACACUCACGUGUUCCGUGUGACAGCGGUUGACCAUGGCACGCCUCGCCGUACAGCCAUGGCCACUCUCACUAUCACAGUCAGUGACACUAAUGAUCAUGACCCCGUAUUUGAGCAACAGGACUACAAGGAAAGCAUCAGGGAGAACCUAGAGAUAGGCUAUGAGGUGUUGACCGUCAGAGCCACCGAUGGCGACGCGCCAGUCAACGGCAACAUCCUUUACCACGUCCUCAACAGCAACGGCUCCAAUGAUGUAUUUGAGAUCGACCCAAGGUCUGGAGUGAUCCGUACCAAAGGCCCCGUUGACAGAGAGGUGGUAGAUGCCUACAUGCUGUUGGUGGAGGCGAAUGACCAAGGUCGUGAGCCUGGCCCUCGUAGUGCUACAGCAACAGUUUACAUCCUGGUUGAAGAUGACAACGAUAAUGCGCCGCAGUUCAGCGAGAAACGCUAUGUGGUGCAGGUACCCGAGGAUAUGGCCCCCAACACGGAGAUUCUCCAGGUUACAGCCACAGACCAGGACAGAGGGAGUAACGCUGUUGUUCACUUCAGCAUCAUGAGCGGAAACACCAGGGGACAGUUUUACAUUGACGCUCAGACAGGCAAGAUGGACCUGGUGAGUCACCUUGACUAUGAGGCCAAUAAAGAAUACACCCUGCGAAUCAGAGCUCAAGACGGUGGACGCCCACCGCUCUCCAACAUUAGUGGCCUGGUUACAGUGCAGGUGCUGGACAUAAAUGAUAACGCUCCCAUUUUUGUCAGUACCCCCUUCCAGGCCACCGUGCUGGAGAACGUACCGCUUGGCUACUCCAUCAUCCAUAUCCAGGCCGUUGACGCAGACUCCGGAGACAACUCCAGGCUGGAGUACCUGCUCACUGAAACCACACCCAACUUCCCUUUUACCAUCAACAACAGCACCGGAUGGAUUGUGGUGGCAGCUGAGUUGGACAGGGAGAGUGUGGAUUUUUAUAACUUUGGCGUGGAGGCCCGGGACCACGGCCACCCUGUAAUGUCCUCCUCAGCUAGCAUUAGCAUGACCAUCCUAGAUGUCAAUGACAACAAUCCAGAGUUCACUCAGAAGGCAUAUUACAUGAGGCUGAAUGAAGACGCGGCCGUGGGAACCAGUGUGGUGACCGUGUCCGCCGUGGACCAGGACAUCAACAGCGUGGUCACAUAUCAGAUAUCCAGUGGAAACACCAGGAACAGAUUCUCCAUCACCAGUCAGAGCGGCGGGGGGCUCAUAACGCUGGCGCUGCCCUUGGACUACAAGCUGGAACGGCAGUACGUCCUCAGUGUCACUGCGAGUGAUGGCACAAGGUUUGACACAGCGAAAGUGUUUGUAAAUGUCACCGACGCCAACACCCACCGGCCUGUGUUCCAGAGCUCCCAUUACACUGUCAACAUCAACGAAGACAGGCCUGUUGGCACCACCGUGGUGGUAAUUAGUGCCACAGAUGAAGACACGGGCGAGAAUGCGCGUAUCACUUACUUCAUGGAUGACAGCAUCCCUCAGUUUGACAUCAGCCCAGAUACCGGGGCUGUCACCACUCAGAUGGAGCUGGACUACGAAGACCAGGUCUCUUACACAUUAGCCAUCACUGCCCGGGACAAUGGCAUCCCUCAGAAAUCUGACACCACCUACCUAGAGAUACUGGUGAAUGACGUCAAUGACAACUCCCCCCGGUUUCUGAGAGACCACUAUGUAGGCGCUGUGAUGGAGGACGUGCCAGUGUUUACCAGUGUGGUCCAAGUCUCAGCCACCGAUCAAGACUCUGGACUCAACGGCCGCGUGUUCUACACCUUCCAGGGAGGUGAGGACGGUGAUGGAGAUUUCAUAAUUGAGUCUACUUCUGGUAUCGUUCGCACACUGAGGCGCUUGGAUCGGGAAAACGUGCCGGUUUAUAACUUACAGGCUUUUGCUGUGGAUAAAGGCAUUCCUGCUCUGAAAACAUCAAUAAACAUUCAAGUAACCAUUCUAGAUGUGAAUGACAACCCGCCCGUGUUUGAGAAAGACGAGUUUGACAUUAUGGUGGAUGAGAACAGCCCCAUAGGACUUGUUGUGGCGCACAUAUCAGCCUCAGAUCCAGAUGAAGGGAGUAAUGCCCAGAUUAUGUACCAGAUAGUGGAAGGCAAUAUUCCAGAGGUGUUCCAGCUUGAUAUUUUCUCCGGAGAGCUGACGGCACUUAUAGACCUGGACUAUGAGACGAGGUCCGAGUAUAUCAUCGUGGUCCAGGCCACCUCUGCACCUCUGGUUAGCCGCGCCACAGUGCACAUCAAACUUGUGGACAAGAAUGACAAUGUGCCCAUACUCAAAAACUUCCAGAUUAUAUUCAACAACUAUGUUACGGAUAAAUCGAACAGCUUUCCCACCGGGGUAAUAGGGCGCAUCCCUGCCCAUGACCCAGAUGUUUCAGAUCAUCUGCACUACUGCUUCGAUAUGGGAAAUGAGCUGAACCUAGUCAUCCUGAACCAGAGCACGGGGGAGAUCCAGCUGAGCCAGGCGCUGGAUAACAACCGGCCCCUGGAGGCCUCCAUGAGGAUCUCUGUGUCAGAUGGCAUCCACUCCGUGUCCGCCCAGUGCCUUCUCCAGGUCACCAUCAUCACGGACGAGAUGCUGUCCAACAGCAUCACGUUGCGGCUGGCCAACACCUCCCAGGAACACUUCCUGUCCCUGCUGCUGGCCCAGUUCCUGGACGGCGUCGCUCGCGUGCUGUCCGCCACCCGCGAGGACGUGGUGGUCUUCAACAUCCAAGACGACACGGACGUCAGCGCCCGGAUCCUCAACGUCAGCCUGUCCGUGGCGGUGCCCAUUGCCGGGGAAGGCCACCGGCACGGCGCGCUCAGGCGGGCGGGUGACAGGGUCGGGAGGGGGGCGGGUAGCGGCGGGGCGGAGUUCUUCGGCUCGGAGGAGCUCCAGGAGAGGCUGUAUUUGAAUCGCAGCCUGCUGGCGCGGAUCUCCUCCCAGGAGGUGCUGCCCUUCGACGACAACAUCUGCCUGCGCGAGCCCUGCGAGAACUACAUGAAGUGCGUGUCGGUGCUGAAGUUCGACAGCCUGGCGCCGUUCGUCGCGUCCGACACCAUCCUGUUCCGGCCCAUCCACCCCAUUGCGGGUCUGCGCUGCCGCUGCCCCGCCGGCUUCACGGGAGACUACUGCGAGACGGAGAUCGACCUGUGCUACUCCAAACCCUGUGGGGCGCACGGGGUGUGCCGCAGCAGAGAGGGGGGCUACACCUGCGAGUGCCUGGACGACUACACCGGAGAGCGGUGCGAGCUGUCGUCCCGCUCCGGCCGCUGUGCGCCUGGCGUCUGUAAGAACGGGGGGACCUGCGUGAACCUGCUGGUGGGCGGGUUCAGGUGCGAGUGCCCGGUGGGCGGCUACGAGAAGCCCUACUGCCAGAUGACCACCCGAAACUUCCCCCCGCACUCCUUCCUCACCUUCAAGGGCCUCCGCCAGCGCUUCCACUUCACCCUCUCGCUCUCAUUUGCUACCAAAGAGCCUAAUGGAUUGUUACUCUACAAUGGCCGCUUCAACGAAAAGCACGAUUUCAUUGCGAUGGAGAUCAUCAAUGAGCAGGUCCAGCUCACCUUCUCUGCAGGUGAGACCAAGACUACAGUGUCACCUUACAUCCUCGGAGGUGUCAGUGACGGGCAGUGGCAUGUGGUCCAGGUCCACUACUACAACAAGCCAGUCCUGAACCAGGCCGGCCUGCCGCAGGGACCCUCGGACCAGAAGGUGGUGGUGGUCACUGUGGACAGCUGUGACACCUCGGUGGCGCUGAGAUUCGGUCACAUGAUUGGGAACUACACCUGCUCUGCUCAAGGGAGCCAGUCAGGAUCCAAAAAAUCCCUGGACCUGACCGGACCUCUGCUGCUGGGGGGAGUUCCUAAGCUCCCCGAAGACUUCCCCGUCCAGAACCGACAGUUCGUGGGCUGCAUGAAGAACUUGCGGGUCGACAACCAGCAUGUCGAUAUGGCCAGCUUCAUCGCCAACAAUGGCACGUUGCCAGGGUGCUCCGCGAAACGCCACUUCUGCAGCAACAGCCCCUGCAUGAACGGAGGCACGUGCGUGAACCUGUGGGGCUCCUUCAGCUGUGACUGUCCCCUAGGAUAUGGAGGGCAGAGCUGUGACAGAGUGAUGACCAACCCACAGCGUUUCCUGGGUAACAGUCUGUUGCACUGGAAUAACCUGGCAGCGGUGGUCUCGGUGCCCUGGCAUGUGGAGCUCAUGUUCCGCACGCGGCAGCCCACCGCCACACUGCUGCACAUCGCCGCUGGCCUGCAGCACAACCUCACCCUACAGUUGCGCGGGGGCAGCGUGGUGAUGGGCCUGCACAGGGGGGAGGACUCCACACUAUCCCGGGUGGAGGAGAUGACGGUGAACGACGGAGACUGGCACCACUUGCAGCUUGACAUUAGUGGGUCUGUGGGGGACACGUCCCACCACAGGGCUGUGUUGUCUUUAGACUAUGGCCUCUACCUGGCCAGUAUGGAGGUGGAUGGGAGGCUGAGAGAAUCCAAGCUGAAAAGUGUGAGCGUGGGAGGCGUGAUCAGGGAGGAUGGGAGAGUACAGCAUGGCUUCCGUGGCUGCGUACAGGGUCUGCGCAUGGGCGACGUCCUGAGUCUUUCCCAUUCCAGGAAGGUCAACAUUGAGCAGGGCUGCAACGUGCCGGACCCCUGUGGCUCCAGCCCCUGUCCUGUUAACAGCUACUGCAGCGACGACUGGGACAGCUACUCCUGCACCUGCCACACCGGUUUCUAUGGCAACAACUGCACCGAUGCUUGUUCGUUAAACCCGUGUGAACAUGACUCAUCUUGCACCAGAAAGUCAAGCUCCUCUCGCGGCUACACAUGCGACUGUCCCAGUAAUUACUUUGGCCAGUACUGUGAAAAAAAGACUGACCUGCCGUGCCCCAGAGGCUGGUGGGGUCACAAGACCUGUGGUCCCUGUGACUGUCAGACUCACAAGGGAUUUGAUCUGGACUGCAACAAGACCAGCGGGGAGUGCCGCUGCAAGGAUAACCACUACUGCCCGGAGGGCAGCGAUACGUGCCUACUGUGUGACUGCUACCCGAUCGGCUCCUUCUCCAGGGCGUGCGACCGGCAGAGCGGCCAGUGCCAGUGCAAACCCGGAGUCAUCGGACGCCAGUGCGACCGCUGCGACAACCCCUUCGCAGAGGUGUCUCCUAACGGCUGUGAAGUAAUCUAUGACAGCUGCCCUCAGGCUAUCGAGGCUGGGAUCUGGUGGCCCAGGACCAAAUUUGGUCUACCGGCAGCGGUUCCCUGUCCCAAGGGAUCCGUUGGCACGGCCAUCCGCCACUGCGAUGAGCACAAGGGAUGGCUGCCUCCCAAUCUCUUCAACUGCACCUCCAUCACAUUCACGAAGCUUAAGGCCCUGUCUGAAAAGCUGCUCCGCAACAUAUCGAUCCUGGACACCGGGCACGUCCAACACACUGCUGCCAUAUUGGCCAAUGCCACCUUGCACACACACAAAUACUACGGCAGUGACGUGAAGGUGGCCUACCGGCUCACCCAGAGCCUGCUGCAGCACGAGAGCAACCAGCAGGGCUUCAACCUCACCGCUACGCAGGACGUCCACUUCACUGAGAACCUGGUGCACGUGGGCAGCGCCAUCCUGUCCCCCGACACGCGGCCACACUGGGAGCUGAUCCAGCGCGUGGAGGGAGGCUCGGCCGCCCUGCUGCGCCACUACGAGGAAUAUGCCAACACCCUGGCCCAGAACAUGAGGAAGACCUACCUCAGCCCCUUCACCAUCGUGACCCCGCAUAUAGUUAUCUCUGUGGACCGUCUGAAAAAGACGAAUUUUGCUGGAGCAAGGCUGCCCCGUUACCAGUCCAUGAGAGGCCCUCGUCCUGCAGACUUGGAGACGGCAGUCACCCUCCCCGAUUCUGUCUUUGACCCGCCUGUGGAGACCAAAGGCCACAGGCACCUGGAUGUCUUCCCAGAAUCCUCCCCGAGGAACUACUCGGCUACCAGGAAGAGGCGCCACCCUGACGAGAGCCAACAGGAGGCCAUCGCCAGUGUGAUCAUCUUCCACAGUUUGGCCUCACUGUUACCUGAGAGUUACGACCCUGACAAGAGAAGUCUCCGGGUGCCCAAGCGCCCGGUCAUCAACACGCCAGUCGUUAGCAUCACAGUGCAUGACAACGACGAGCUGCUGCUGCACACGCUGGACAAGCCCAUCACUGUGCAGUUCCGCCUGGUCAUCACAGAGGAGCGAUCCAAACCCAUCUGUGUUUUCUGGAAUCACACCAUACUGGCGGGGAGCGGAGGCUGGUCAGCCAAGGGUUGUGAGGUGGUGUUCAGGAACAGCACCCACAUCAACUGCCAGUGUUACCACAUGACCAGCUUCGCUGUGCUUAUGGACGUCUCCAGGAGGGAGAAUGGGGAGAUUCUGCCCAUCAAGCUUGUGACGUGGAGUACAGUGGGUGUGACCUUGGGCUUCCUCUUCCUCACCACGCUCUUCCUCCUCUGCCUGAGAGCCAUGCAGUGCAACAAGACCAGCAUAAUCAACAAUGGAGCCACCGCCCUCUUCCUCUCCGAGCUCAUCUUCAUCCUCGGCAUCAACCAGGCUGACAACCCGUUUUUGUGCACAGUCAUUGCCAUCCUGCUGCACUUCUUCUACCUGUGCACAUUCUCUUGGCUCUUCCUGGAAGGGCUGCAUGUGUACCGCAUGCUCAGUGAAGUGCGAGACAUCAACUACGGACCGAUGCGAUUCUACUAUCUUGUCGGCUGGGGAGUGCCGGCCUUCAUCACAGGCCUGGCUGUUGGACUGGACCCAGAGGGCUAUGGGAACCCGGACUUCUGCUGGCUGUCCAUGUACGACACUCUCAUCUGGAGUUUCGCUGGGCCCAUUGCCAUGGUUGUGUCGAUGAACGUCUUCCUGUACGUGCUGGCCUCCAGAGUCUCGUGCUCUCUGAGACACCACAGCUUUGAGAAGAAGGAGCCGCCGGUCUCUGGCCUGAGGACAGCCGGGGUCGUCCUCUUACUGGUCACAGUCACGUGCCUGCUGGCCCUCCUCUCCGUCAACAGCGACAUGAUCAUCUUCCACUACCUGUUCGCCGGCUUCAACUGCGUACAAGGUCCCUUCAUUUUCUUCUUCCGCAUCGUCUUCAACAAGGAGGCGAGAAACGCCAUGAAAUACUGCUGCAGUCGCAAGCGUCCCGACCAUAUGAUCAAGUCCAAGGCCUCUGUCUACAAAUGCAACACCAGCUACAUGGACGGGCGGCUGUACCACCUCCCGUUCGGAGACUCCAGCGUGUCGCUGAAUGGCACCACGCAGAGUGGCAAGAGCCAGCAGAGCUAUGUCCCAUUUGUCCUCAGGGAUGAUGGACUCAACAACAGUCAGGGGCAUAUCGCCCUGAAUGAUCACGGGUCACUCUUCCAUGAAACGAAGGAGCACUUGGAUGAUCACGACAGUGACUCGGACAGUGACCUCUCUCUGGAAGAUGACCAGAGCGGUUCAUACGCCUCCACGCACUCCUCCGACAGCGAGGACGGGGAAGAGCCCUACCCUCCAGAGGAAUGCUGGGAAAGCUUGGCCUCUAACGUGGCCAAGAGACCACACCCGCAUGAUAACAACCUGAGCAAGAUGUACUGGCCCGGCGACUAUGCAUCACCGCCGAGUGACGGCGAGGCCGCCGGGGGGGCGAGCAGACUGAUGAUGGAUCCUCUGGCCCACCCUGACGGGAGGCUUGGCCGAGACAACAGAGCAGCACCAGACGACAAGGCAGCGGACAAGGAUAGCAUGAUUUUGUUACUACCCUGUUUGCCGAACCUGAACGCACAUCCUCACAAAGGGAUCUUAAAGAAGAAGCAGCUUUCUCCCAUCGCAGAGAGAAAUGGGAUCAACCGCAUCCACAACGAGCUGUCCGGGAGUGUGGCGGGCCUGACGUCGCUGCACGGCUCCUCCUCCAGUGACGGCAGGGCGGGCGCGGCCAAGGCCGGCUUCCCAGAUCAGCUGAAUGGCGUCGCCAUGAGCAUCAAGGCGGGGACGGUGGACGGCGACUCCUCAGGAUCAGACAGCCAACGCAACACCUCCAUGUGACCCAGCUGACGGGACGGGUGUGUCUUUGCAGGUCAUAAGGGUUGGUCAGCGCCAGCCCUACCGCUCUCUCCGCUGUGUAAAGAGGAAGGCGCACAUGUGCACACACACACCGGGGGAGCGCCGGACCAAUCCCUCAAUCUGGAGACCGAUGGGAGUGCCCCUUCCUCAUCAUCAUCAUCCCCUGAAGGAGCGUACUGUGACUUUGUGCAGCAAGUGGUCUGUGCGUGCUGAGCAUUGUGUGUGUAUGUGUGUGUGUGUUUGUCGAUGCAUGUGUGCCAAACCUCAGGAGUCACUGCACUGGCCCGGGCUCACGCACACCGACAGAGCGAGUCUCAUCCUCCCUUUACAGAAAUUGUUGUUUUGUUUACAUACUUGAAGCAAUGCACUUUUUUUUCUUCGAAUUUACAACUGCCAGCCCUAGAUUUGCUGGUUGUAAACUUUGUGUACAAUUUUUUUUUUGUUGCUUUCUUCAGCUGUUUUUGGGGGAUACACAGCCUGACCGGAGGACGUGAGGAUCACAUGGGUCACUUAGCUGUAGAGUUGUAAACGUUCAGGGAAAUUCGUCCUGCUCGCUACCACGGUUUGCCCGCACACUUCAUGUUGCUGCUGUUUUGUUGGAGGCGUUUGUGCUGAGUGACAGUGCCAGUCUGGGGUUCACGCCUGUCUCGGGUACCGCAGUCUGAGGUUCACGCCUGUCUCAGGUACCGCAGUCUGAGGUUCACGCCUGUCUCAGGUACCGCCGUUGGAUUUUAAAGCAGAAGCUGCUCCGCCAGCCAGGCCGAGAUGUUCCCGGAGGCACGGAAACAUCAGAGUUCCCACUUGUAAAACUGGUCCGCUAACCCAGCAGCUCUUCUGAGGGGGGUCGGUGACCCCUCUGACCCGGCUCCUGUUACAGGCCAUCCCAACGUGUCCGUCCAGACACGCUGCAAGAAGUGGCCUCCGGGUGGAGACGUGGACGACGAAGCAAACUGGAGACAGAGCAAAGGACAGAAAAGACUGUUUGAGUCUACAUCUGUCUCUCUAUAAGCUAUUUCUCACAAAUGAAGGAUGUUUCCUCAAGGCUGCGGCCUUCCUCUGCUGGUGUAAAUUGACAUUUUGUACAGAUUUGACAGUGACUGCCUUGUCUACCACUGAGCCUUCAUUUCCUAACAUCAGCGAAGCAAGGAGGGAAAACCUGCAUGCACACAUCUCACAGACUUUUCAUACAACCUUUUUCUUUCUUUGUAAAUCGUUGAGAGCCAUUUUUUUGUAAUGGACAUUAAACGCGCCCUUGUUUUCCAGUGUGUCAUCAGUGGGGCGGAUGUGUGACCUCGGUGACUAAACAGCUGUAUUUUCUAGAUUAGCUGCUGUCUGAAGCGUUUGUCUUUUUGUGAAAUAAUUAAAUACUUUUACAACUUGUGCUGUAAUUCCAUUUAACUGCAUCCUAAUGUUACUGUACAGAGUUGCCUGUGAAAGAAACUGCAAUUCCAACGUAUCUCAGAAAGGAAAAGUGGGGGCGUCCGGGUAGCGUGGCGGUCUAGUCCGUUCCCUACCAACACGGGGAUCGCCGGUUCGAAUCCCCGUUACCUCCGGCUUGGUCAGGCGUCCCUACAGACACAAUUGGCCGUGUCUGCUGGUGGGAAAGCCAGAUGUGGGUAUGUGUCCUGGUUGCUGCACUAGCAUCUCCUCUGGUCGGUUGGGGUGCCUGUUUGGGGGCGGGGGAACUGGGGGGAAUAGCGUGAUCCUUCCAUGUGCACCCCCUGGUGUAAGGUUGGUGCUAGAAUGCAUCGUCCGGAGGGAGGUGGGAGGGAACUCCGCUGCAUGUCAUCAAAUGCUCACAAUGGAAUCACAGAUUAUGUUGCUAGCUAGCGUUGCUAGCUUUAUAGUUAUUUAGCUGUGUGUUUUUUUACAAUCCACGUUGACAUAGAGUUGGCUAGUAAAGGUGUGAGGGCUGAAGGCUCGAGCUACGUCUAAGGAGCGAGGCCACACGAGUGAACGCGUGCGAGGGCCGAAGGCCUGAGCUGCGUCUAACGUUAAUCUACUGUUUCCCGCUGUUCCUAAACUGAACUAGCCCCUACCCAAUCAUAAGAUUGGUCGAUUCCGCUGUGAGCAUUUGAUGACGUGCAGCGGAGUUCCCUCCCACCUCCCUCCGGACGAUGCAUUCUAGCACCAACCCUGGUGAAACUCCUCACUGUCAGAUGGAAAGCAGUGGUGGCUGGCCAGUACAAAGCGCUGGAGCGCCGCCCCCUUCAGAGAUGAAAAUCUACUUAAACAUGUUAAAUAUAAUUUAGUUGUAUAAUGCAAAUAAUUAUGAAAUAAAAGUGUUUUUCAGUCUGUGAGCGCC